CGUCUUCACUUCUAGUUCUAAACUUGUUUAUGUCAAUUCACGUGGAGUAUUAUACUCACAGUAUUCCAUAUUUAGACAAAGAUUCAUAUCCUUAGCCAAUCACGUACCUGUAACUAUAGAAGCAUUUUUUUGUCGCGCGCGUUGCGUAAGCAUAGAAUAACUGACAACUCGGUACUUUACAUAAGCGUGUUCUUUCACUAGUAUUCGGUCCUUUGUUCGGUCUUCAGUCUUYAUCGGAUGACGCAACAUUUACAUGUGGGACCGACUUCAAUAACUACUACUAAUUAUCAAUCAAGAAAUCAAUCAUUAACUAUAAAGCCAAAGUUUAAUAGAAAAGCAAGAAGAAACACGCGAGUAAAUAGACUUCAAGCGGAGUUCUUGCGAUUUUCAUUCAUUGGAAAAAAGACCAUUUAGCUAGGAGAGAAAGGAGUUUUCCCUGACCAAUAAAAUGGCGGAUGAUGGAUAUUCCGAAAAGGAUAUUCGACUCAACUUAUCGCCGUCUUCCAAUGCGGAUAGACUUGGGACUUAUGGAAAAGAAACACUUAACACAAAUAAUACUUCUCCUUUUGUAAAUACGCCGUAUCCUGAAACCGACGACGAGAGAAUUCCAUUGAUUAAAAGUGGAAGUCGAAGUGUUGGAAAAGUAGACUUUUCUCAAUCGAGCCCUUGGAAGGACAAUUUCAAGAGGUUUCGAUCAAUGACGGUAUCCAUGACUGUAUCCCUAAUAGAGAAGGAGUCCACUGAUAGGCAAGCAUCUGCAUUACUGGCAGGAUGGAACGUGACGAACCUUAUUCAGGGGAUGGGUAUACUUGGCAUACCCUAUGCAGUCAAAGAAGGUGGAUGGGCUGCAGCCUGCUGCAUCUUAAUUGUGGCUUUAUUCUGUGACGUAACAGGGAUACUACUGGUGGAUUGCCUUUAUGAGAUAUCACCACGCAGUCAAAGAAAAAAGAGGGUUCGCACCAACUAUCCAGAAGUAGGAGAGGCGGUGUGGCCAGGAGUUGGUGGUACAGUCGUAAACAUUGUCCAGACAAUAGAACUGUACUCUGCUGCAAUGCUUUACUUGAUCCUACUAACGACAAUGUUCUCACAGAUUACUGAAAAGUAUGUCUCCUUAACUGUAAAUGAAUGGGCUGUGAUAUGUGCAGCAGCAGUAUUGCCAAGUGUGUUCAUCAGACGGCUGUCCCUCAUUGCAUGGAUGAGCAUGAUUGCUGUUUUUGCCCUGAUGUCAUCUAUCGCAGUCACCUUGGCUUAUUGCAUAGUACACAAUGAUAAAUGGUCACUUGAUAACAUACCAAGCUUCAAUGGCAAGAAGUUCCCUAUUGGCUUUGGCAUUGUAACCUUUAGCUACUGUGCUCAUGCCGUGUUUCCUGGAAUUGAAGGUAGCAUGAAGAAACCACAGCACUUCAACUGCAUGAUGCACACUUCCUUCAUGAUAUCAGGCAUUGUGAAGACAUUGUUUGGAUUGCUCGCUGUCCUCACGUUUGGAAUUGCCACCGACCAAGUAGUAACAGUUAAUUUAGCUGAUAACGUAGCUUUUAACUUUGCAGUCACAGUUCUCGUUGGCUUGAAUGUGUUUUUCUCUUUUCCAUUGCCUUUAUUUGUUGUUGUUGAGAGUUUUGACAACUUAUUAUUGAGACACUUCCCUCACUUGGGUCCCAACACAAACUACCAUUGGUUUUGGUUACUCAUAACUAGAAUCCUGCUAGUUGCAUUUGCUCUCUUCAUUUCCCUGGUUGUCCCACAUUUUGGUCUUCUUAUGGGCUUUGUGGGUAGCUUCACUGGUACAUGUUUAUCCUUUGGUUUUCCUUGCAUUGCCCAUUUGAAGCUUAAAUGGAGAUACUUAAGAUGGUAUCACAUUGUUGGUGAGCUUAUUCUUAUUGUAUUCGGAGUGGUUGCUGGUGUUUUUGGCUUAAUAUAUUCUGGUAAAGCCCUGAUUGACUCCUUUAAGGCCAAUCCAUUUUAAAUUUGAAUGUAUUUGUUGUGCAUUUCAUCAAAUAUUUAAUGACAUUAAUAUACAGUAAAAGGAUCUAACAUUUUAUUAUUAAUAAUUUUAGAAGGAAGCAUAGUGUUUAAAUAUUUCAAAAAUUGAGUCCCACCAGUUGGGUUACAGUCUGACUAAAUUUUGCUAAAUUUCCCAAAUUUCCUAAAUUUUGCAAACAACCCUAAAUUUCUGUGGAUGUCACAGGUAAAUGGAGUUUGUCACCCCUUUUCCCAUGAGUGUUUUGGCUUAUUAAUAUUGAUAAUAAUUAAAUUUGUAAUGGAUUACAAAUUUGUGUAAAAGUUAGGAAAACUAUUUAAUAAUCAUUACAGCAAUAUCUAAUGCUUAUACAACUUAACACACAUUUUCAAGUCUUUGGCAUCUUUGAUUGCAACAGUUAACUUGCUGUUAGAUAAUAACUACAAAAAGUUCUCACUGAAUGUUUAACUAAUCUAUACUCACAACCAAUGAAUUGUUUUAUUAUAAAUAUCAAAUCUAAUAUGUAUUGCUGUUGUUGCAAAGCCAGUUCCAGCUUUUCUCAUAUUGUUUAGUUAUUGUACCCACCCCACAGAGGAAUUUGAAAUUUCCGAAAGGUGGGGUGCAGGGGGGUCAGAGAGAAAAAACGAAAAUUACAGAGUUUGUAUGGAAGAAAAUAGGAAUUUCUGGGGGUAGGAGGGGGGAGGGGUCUUCCUCCAUAAGAGGGUAUGGAUAAUUUCUAGUACUAAACAUCAUUUAAUUUCAUUAUAUAACCCAUUAUAUAAUUAACACAGUUUGUUUUUCUUUGAUUGAUUAAUAGUUAAUAGGUAUUAAUGUAUCCAUUAUUGCAUAAAUGUUGUCAUACUCUGGGUUGUAAGUCUAGCAAACUCAGUUGUUGCAGGGCUGUCAUCUCUCCCGGAUAAACCUGGAGUCUCCAGAUUUGGGACCGUAUCUCCCGGUCUCCAGAUUAGAGUCUCAAAUCUCCCGGAUAAUUGCCGAAGCUGACCAUUUCUUGUGAGACUCGACUUUCAUAACCAUAAAAUUCCAAUUAUUUUGUGUUGUUUAAGUUAUUUUUGCUAACAAAAUCAAAACAUUCCUCAUAAACUGUUGUUGCAAGAAGGCCAUUGUAACUAUAAGCAAUAAUCUGAUUGGUCAGAAAUAAACCAAUCACAUCAAAUGUUACAAAGUGAAUGAUGUCUUUUCACGUGUUUUUUUCCGCUGUGACGUCAUGUCCCUUCCCUAUCAAUUCUCCAGAUUUGAAUAUCUUGGGGGUUGACAGCCCUGUUGUUGCUAUUUGGUUUUUCUUUGCUGUCUUCUUUACAACACCAAAAAAAGAAAUUUUAUCAUGCAACAUUGACAAAUGCUAUAUUAAUAAUUA